CCCCACCAGGAAUUGGUUGCUUGGGUGCUUGGCAGGAGAAAAUAGCGCCAACGUCCAGGCACCAAAGGGUCAAGUCCAGAAUAUGAUCGAGUGACUCCUCUGCGUCUCGUGUCCAGUUCUUCUUGGGUAUUUUCCUGGCUUCUUGCCGCCGCUCUUUUUUGCACAUAUCAACAGUCGUUGUAUCAUGUCGAGUUAGCAUCGACGUCCGAUCUUUAUCCAAUCUCCACACUCGCUUUCCGCGCCUGCCCGUGAACGAAGAUGGCGCUCCACACUCGCUUGUCCACGGUCGCGAUCUGCAUUCUCGGUGUCUCGACCGCCGCUGCCCAGCACCUGCUCCUCCCUUUCUCCCAGCACAGCAACAUUCCAGCCGGCCCCAAACUCUCUGCACGCGCCUCUUCGGAUCAGAUCAGCCUUACCUCAUCGCAAUAUGCCUAUGUCGUCAACGUCUUGGUCGGCACCCCGGCGCAGAAGCUGUCGCUGCUCAUCUCGCCCUCGACAGGCGACACAUGGGUGCCCGACGCAAACACACUAGAGUGCUCGCCCGAGUGGUACUAUCGCCGCGCCUACGGCAGCAGCUACGACGAUGGUGAUGAGUUCGAUCCCGACUCCUACAACAUUCCCGAUCCCGAGUGCAAAUGGGGCAGCUACAACAAGUCGCUGUCGUCCACGUACCUGCGCGCGAACGCGCGGUACGAUUCCUUCACCGCCGGCUACAGUGACGGCACAUACGCGUCGGGCACAAACGUGACCGACAAGCUGGUGGUGGGGAAUGUCGAGUUGGACGACUACCCGCUAGGGGUCGCCUCGUCUGCCUCUCGCUGGAUCGGCGUCCUCGGGCUCGGGUACAACGAUUCUGGGAGUUACUACAGCUACAGCUCCAGCCCGGAGUACCCGAACUUCAUGGACCGCAUCGUCUCGUCCGGCAAGAUUGCGAGCCCGGCCUACAGUAUCUGGCUCGACGAUGCUCAGGGCACGUCCGGCGGCCUUCUGUUUGGCGCCAUUGACAAGUCGAGAUUCACCGGCGACCUGGUGCGGCUUGACGCGUACGACUCGUCCUAUUCUUCACUUUACGGGUUCAGUACAACGAUCAACACUAUCAACGGCACUGACGCCGCGGGAGCCGCGAUGCCGUCCAUUCGGUCCAAUGACUUCCCCGUCGACGUGAACUUCGGCCCGGGCGAGGUGUUUUCGUGGCUGCCCGAGCUGCUUGCGGACGGGAUCGCCGAAACGGCCGGUGCCACGUUCAACAGCACGCUGGAAUACUAUACCAUCCCAUGCGACACCACCAACUCGGCCAAAUUCGUCUUUGAGCUCGGCGGCAGCGGCGGGCCACAGCUACACGUCGAAACGGCCGAUCUCGUGGUGCCCGUUACGGCUUUGAAGUGGGGUACGCGGACCACCAGGUAUCUGAAUGGGACCAACACAUGCCUCUUCGGCAUCAAUAAAUACUAUUCGAGAAGCAGCUCGUCCUCCAGCAGCUCGUCCUCCAGCAGCUCAUCGUACAACUACUACAACCUCGGAAGCUCGCUGCUCCGCCGCACCUACCUCGUUUUUGACCUCGCCAACAAAGAAAUCGCGGUCGCGCCAGUCAAAUUCCCCAGCGGCUCCGAGAAGCCGUCACCGACCAUUGUGGCCUUCGAGACGUACGCGGCCACUGUUCCGUCUGCAUCAGCUUUCUGCACCAGCAGCUAUUGCCGGUCUUCCAGCGGCGGCAGCGGCUCGGGCUCUCGCUACGGAUCGGGGUAUGGAAGCUCGAACUCGACCGAUAUGGGGCUCGAGCACUGGCAGCAGGUGGCCAUCGGCGUCGGCGUCUCGUUUGGCGUUCUGUUCCUUGUUGCCGUGAUCCUGGGCAUCCUCGUCUGUAUCCGUCUCCGCCGCAAGAAAGCAGAGGGGAAGGAGGUAGAGGGGGGCGACGCGGAGUCGGCGCAAGAGGAGACCAUGCAGCAGCCAGCCCAGAUGACGGAGAACACGGCGGCAGCGCAGAACGGCAGUGCAGCGAGAGCUCCGGUGCUGCCGCCGGGGAAUCUGCCGGUCAUCCAGGAAAGGCAAGAGGGGCUCGAGACAGCAGAGCCCCAGACAGCGGCACAGGGCGCAAGCGAAGGUUCCUUCCGCUCCUUUACGCCCCAGCUCCCGGCGCUGAGCACGCAGCUCGGCCGACCGAUCUCGCCUCCCGAGCCGGCGGCCACUUCCAACCGGGCUUCUGUCGCUGUGUCCGCACUGUCCGACGAGCAGCCGCCGGAGCAGCAGACCCAGACACACGCGCACGACUCUGCGCCGGCACCAGAAGCGGAACCUGCGCCGGCAGCCCCUGCAUCGCCAAAGGGCAAAGGGAAGGAAGUGGACCGUUCGGCCGGCGAGAUCUAGUCUCGCCCCCGACGACGAU